UAUGACAUUCGUAUUGUGGUAACAUGACUGUGGGGGCGUGAAACUAUACUUCUUAAAUUCUCAUUUUCAGUCUUUUAAAAAGCCAAUUCCACUGUUUUGUAUUCGCUCUGAAAUGCCUCACGCUGCUGCAUCGCUUUCCAUAUGGCUUCCUGCUUUCGUAUAACCCUUGUUUUACUGGCGUUUUGCAUGUGCACACGUGCAAAGUUUUACGUUAUAGAUGAUCUAGUUGGACUUGGGAGAAGAUUUGACGGAAUCGGUGGAUUGAGCGGAGGAGGGGCUACGUCUCGACUUUUGAUCAACUAUGAGGAACCAUUUCGCAGCCAAAUACUGGACUACUUAUUCAAGCCAAACUUCGGAGCCUCUUUGCAGAUUUUGAAAGUUGAGAUAGGAGGAGAUGCACAGACCACUGAUGGGACAGAGCCCUCCCAUAUGCACUAUGAAGGUGAUGAGAAUUACUUCCGAGGCUACGAGUGGUGGCUCAUGAAGGAAGCCAAGAAGAGGAACCCGGACAUCACACUCAUUGGUCUUCCAUGGGCAUUUCCUUAUUGGCUUGGAAAAGGCCAAAGUACACCGUACCAUAUUCCUGAAGUCACUGCCAGCUAUGUGGUGUCCUGGAUCAUUGGAGCAAAGCAAUAUCAUGGCCUAGACAUUGAAUAUAUUGGGAUAUGGAAUGAAAGAAAAUUUGAUGCCAAUUACAUUAAGGUUUUAAGAAGCACUUUAGAUAAGGCCGGCCUUCCCGAUGUGGCCAUCAUCGCAGCUGACGGGAACUGGGACAUCUCAGACGCCAUGGCAAAGGAUCCCCACCUGAAUGGAGCAGUUGAAAUCAUUGGUGUGCACUAUCCGGGGACCAACACCACCCCAGUGGCCCUGUCCACCCGGAAGACUCUGUGGUCCUCGGAGGAUUACAGCACCUUCAACAAUGCUGUCGGUGGAGGCUGCUGGGCCCGCAUCCUCAACCAGAACUAUGUCAACGGCAGAAUGACUUCCACCAUCUCCUGGAACCUGGUGGCUAGUUACUACAGGGACCUCUCCUUCGGUGGAGACGGCCUGAUGACCGCUGAGGAGCCAUGGAGUGGGAACUAUGUGGUGCAGUCACCUAUAUGGAUUACAGCUCACACCACCCAGUUUGCACAGCCCGGAUGGCGGUAUCUCCAGACUGUUGGGCAUCUCACUCACGGCGGCUCCUACGUAGCUCUGACAGAUGGCAAAGGGAAUCUCACCGUUGUCAUUGAAACUAUGACUCAUGAUCAUUCCAUAUGUGUCCGACCUGCACUUCCACCUUACUCUGUGACCCCUCAGAAUGCUACUUUUAUUCUCAAGGGAUCUUUUUCGACAGUCACGGAGCUUCAGGUGUGGCACUCUAAAUUGGAUUUCGACCAAUCAAAGCAUUCCCUCUUCAAGAAGCUGGAAACCGUCAAGGUUGAAGCUGGAUUCUUCACCUUAAACCUUGGAGUGGAUGAAGUUUACACCUUGACCACGCUCACAACUGGACAAAAGGGCCACUACACUGACCCUCCCAAUUCUUCCCCUUUCCCCAAGAAGUACCUCGAUGACUUCAAUGUCCGUAAUCCUGCCUUUGAUGAGGCGCCGUACUUUGCUGACCAGACUGGAGUGUUUGAGUACUUCCAAAACCUGACGGACCCCGGGCCUCACGUCUUCACCCUGAGACAGGUGGUCACUCAUCGCCCCAUAGCCUGGGCCAGUGAUGCAGACCAGACUAUCAGCAUCAUUGGAGAUCACAACUGGAAAGACGUAACUGUGACAUGUGACGUCUUUAUUGAAACCGCGAACACGGGAGGUGUGUUCAUAGCGGCGAGAGUGGACAAGGGAGGGGAGGAGGUGAGGCAGGCGACAGGAGUCUUCUUCUGGGUCUUCGCCAACGGAACCUACAAAGUGACCAAUGAUAUUGGAGGGAAGACGGUACGGGCUGAAGGCCUAUCUGGAACCACUGCAGGGAAAUGGCACACACUAGCUCUGUCAAUCAAGGGCCCGUGGGCUUAUGGAGAGUUGAAUGGAUACCCACUGUGGAAGGAUGCUGUGAUUCUGAACCCAAAGAAUGGAUGGGCUGCCAUUGGAACAGCGUCUUUUGAAUAUGCCCAAUUUGACAACUUCCAAGUGCUGGCAGACUAAUUGAUAUCAUCUGGUGAUUAUCAGCGGAAUUUGAAUGUUCUUAAAAUUUCUCAAAGCAAAAACUGUGAUUUUUAGUUUUCUGUACUCUAUCCAGAUAAGAAUGGAAGGACACAUGGAUUACUUUCUAGCCAUGUGGGUUUUUAAUCAGGUGCAAUAAUGAGAUUAUUAUGCUGUAUGAAAGUGAUUAAAUUGUUUAAAAUGCAGAGUAAACAUUUUGGGAAAUUCUUGGCUUUUGUGACAUGCUCUAUGGUUUCUUUUGUAUAUGUUGCCUGAUAACUGCAUUUUUACACAUUUUUUUAAUUGUUAUGUGGGAAAUACUAUUUUUUAAAUAAAUUCUGAAAAAGUUUGAACAUA